CCAAAUCUAUGCCUUCAUUGAGAAAUUGAGAUCAUUCCUCUCAAUGGGUGAGUUGGCCGAGUCCAGCAAAAAGAGAGCCAGCGACGAAGCGGCGGCCCAAAAGAGAAACGGAAGCGGGCAUCGUGUGUACAGAGGGGUGAGAAUGCGGGCCUGGGGGAAAUGGGUAUCCGAGAUCCGACAGCCCAAGAAGAAGUCCAGGAUCUGGCUCGGCACUUUCGCCACCGCCGAGAUGGCCGCGAGGGCCCACGACGCCGCCGCCCUCGCCGUCAAGGGCGCCGCCGCCAUCCUCAACUUCCCGGAGAUAUCCGACCUGCUGCCACGCCCCGCCACCUCCUCGCCGCAGGACGUCCAGGCCGCGGCCACCAAGGCGGCGCUGAUGGACCACCUGGCUCAUGAUGCGUCGGCGGUGGAGCUGGGACUCGGAGAGAUAGUGGAGCUGCCGCGCCUCUGUGAAGGGGAGGAGGUCGUCGUGGCGGCGGACGUGGGAUUGGAAUGGGAAUGGGAUUGCUAUUUCAAUCAACCGAGUCUCCAUAGUUUAGAGGAUAAUUCAAUGCUCAUUGAUGAUUUCAUGUCUCCCAAUUUUCAAGGCCUCUUCUCGAAUCAUCUUUUUUGUUAAUGUCUCUUUUCAUCCAAUUUUGAGUUUUAUUUGCCAA